CGCCCGCCUCCCCAGGCGGUUCCGCCAUGGCGCCUCCCGGCAGCCUCCGCGCCGCGACUACAUUUCCCAGCGUGCUCCGCUACGGCGGCUCUGCCCGGACUACAUUUCCCAGCGUGCCUCGCGCAAACACGGGCCUAACUUCACUCACGGAACUACAUUUCCCAUCAGCCCUCGCGCGGCACAGCUUCCAUUUCCUCCCGCCAAGCCGCUAUUUCCCAGUGUGCCCCGCGGCUUCCGGCGGCGUUGUCAUGGAAACGGGCCCCGCGUUGGCCGCGCAGGCGCAACAGGACCCGGGCCGAGGGGAGCGGGCAGGUGACCCCCAGCCGCUCCUGGAGGCCCCCGAGUGCUCAUACGACCCCGGGACCAGUCAGCCGCUGACCCGCGUGGACCCCGUCUCGGGGCUGCUCGGCUCCCUCCGCCCGGGGGGGGCUCCCCUCGCCCCCCGAUCUGACUGGGCCCCCCCAGAUGGGGCCCCCCCUUCGCCGAGGCUCUCCCUACCCUCGACCCCCCCUCUGCGCCUCCGCCUCUGCAACACCCUGACCGGGCAGGAGUGGCUCCUCCAGACACGUGGGACAGAAGUUGGGGUGCUGCUGCGGGAGGCGCUGCCCUGGAACGCCCACAUAAGGGGGUACACCUGGCGCUGGGGUGGGGGGACCCCCCUGGACCCCCAGCUGCCCCCCCCGCACCCUGAACCCCCUCUGGACCCUGAGGGCGCCCCCGAAACCGUUCUGCUCUACUUUGCCGAUGACUUCGUUGAGGUCUAAACGAGGUGUCCCCUUUCUGGCUCCGGUGACACCGAUCCGCAUCCCGGCUUGGAUUGAACUCCAUGAAACCCUGAGGCCAUCGGUUUUCCGAACUCACCAUCGGCCGCCGGCUGUGCUGACGGUGACACCGCCUGAGACGGUGACACCGCGUAAAGUGGCGUCACCCACCGAGAGUCACUGCUGGGACCUUUUCAGGGGUUCUGGGGAUCGCGGUUCCGUUGGUGACGGAGAGAAGGUGGGAAUCAUCCAUGGCUUUGGCAUCACCGGGUGACACCGUAACCACCGGCAGUUGACGCGGUGUUGUCCUCGUGUCCAACCGAGAAUCCCAUGGGAUGGAGAGGAGCUCCGCAACCGGCACCGAACUGGGGGGAAAACGGGGAAAACGGGGAAAAAGACCCCAAAAACGGAAGCGAGGAGGGGGUGGUUGAGUGCCUAUGGAUUUAGGGGGGAAAAAAAGCACCAAAUUGCCCCAAAAAGUGAAGGAAAAUGGGUUUAUUGGGGGGGAUUUGGGGGGAUUUGGUGUAGGUGGUGUGGUGGGAAGGGCUUUGCCGGCCCCAAAAAUGCUUCAUUUUGAGGUAUUUUGGAGGGUUUGGAGAAAGCCAAAAGGGGUUGAGGGGAACCAUCGGAGAUGACAACAGGCGGUGGGGUUUGGGGGGAAAAAAACCCCUCAAAUUGGAGAAAAAAAUCCAAAAGGGGGAAAGAAAGGUAAAGGAUGGGGGGAAAAUCCGCUAAAAUCCGCAUUAAGAUGGGGGAAAAUACGC